ACAACUGUGAUUUUAUUCAUGUUUAUAUUACAGAUUCAUAAGAGUAAUUUGUUUUUAUUAACUAUAAAAGUUGGAAUUUAUUAAUAUUUUUACUAUAGUUUUUACGGAAGUUAAUUAUUUUAUUAUACUUCCAUCAAGCUGAUAAUUUUUUGUUUUAAUUCGAAAUCAUCGCCGAAUUUUGAGAUGGAUGACAGUAACGAGUGAAAUGAACAAUGAAACGACCUUGAUGGGUGAAGUUCAGUAUUGCCAAUAAUAGGUGUAGCGGGAUUCUGCGCGGGCGCCGGUCCAAUUUACGAGCUGAGCCGCCUCAGUUGCUGAAGAAGAAUUGAGUAUGGGCGUGAGUGUGCCAUACGUGACAUCGUUUUGUUGCUGUUUGAACCUCGAGGUUGGCGCCAAGAUUGUUGGAUAUUUACACCUGGUAGCUUCCUUAAUAUUGACGAUUCUGAGCGCGUGGAUUACGUCUGGUAUCUACGAUAAUAUAAGCACAGUGGAGGACGCGGGCGACCAUGUAUAUUCGCGAGCGUAUCCCAUCGCCCUGGCAGCGACGAUUGCCUCUAUCGCACACGUACUGCUCGCUUUAUUCCUGCUUCUGUCUGCUUAUAAGCGGUGGUGCAAUGGUCUCCGAUCGUGGGUAUGGAUAAUGGUGGCGCUCUGGGUUGCCGGGUUGCUGUACAUCGUGGUCUCUUCUGCUCUCUCGGGCUUCGUCGAUUCCGGUUCGGACAUAUUCCUCGCGUUCGCGUUGGGCGUUGUAUUUUUUGUGGUGGUCGGUUACUGCAUUAUAACUGUAAACAGUUAUUACUUGAUGCUGAAGAGCUCUGAAGACAUGGAGGGACCUGCGAAGAUAGACUACUGAUCAAAAUUUUUGUGGUAACUAUAUGUUAUUGUUAUGUUUUUAUAAUGGAUCUUAAUGUUUACAAUCGUGUUGCGAUAAAAUAAUUAAAACAUUUUUAAAGUCUUAUAAAGAAAAUAAAAACCAAGCUGCUGGCACUAAUACUGAAUAUGGUAUAUAAAUCUAAAUAUAUUGUUAAGUUAUAUUAAAAAAAAAAACAAAUUCUGUUAGCGUCAUGGUUAUUCUUGCAACAAAAUUUUAUUAUAUUGGCAACACUUCUAUUUUUAUUUGGUAGGGACCGUAACCGACGUAAAUCCGUAAACGGUCAAGCGAUUUGGAUUAGGCAUGUCUACGUUGCUUUUCAUAGCAAAAAGCUUUUUGCUUUACUAGUAGGCAUGGGUUAUACAAACUGUAUGUAGUAGCAAUAUUUUUAAUGACGUCUUUUGAUAUUUGACAAAUAUAUGACCUGCAGACAAACUACAUAUUAGAUAUUAUUCUCUACAAAUGUUUAACCAAUCACAGAUAUUAAAUAACUCUUGUAGAAUAACAUGACUAAGUUUGUGCGCGAAUCAGAUAGGGUGGUAACGGCAGUUUCUUAAUAUUUUUUAUUGUUUUGAGGUGAAAUAAUAUAUAAUGGUGUAUAUAAUUAUAAUAAAAGAAAUAUGUCACGUUUAAAUACGAUCUUAUUAUGCGAUAAUUUAAAUAAACAUGACUUACCACAAGAAUGUAUAGAACCAUACCUACGGCAUUCAGUCCUAGCACUCUAUUGUUGUUGAGCCAGGGCUCUUGUAUCAGGGCUAGAUCCAGGUCAGAAUUGCGGAAUGUUUUUUCUAAGAUUGCAGGUGGCUCUUUGGCAUAAUGGUGGUUGAUCUGGUUAGUCUUGGCCGUGAUGCAAUUAGUGCGUGUGGGCGCUUUAUUGUUUCCCUUUCGCAUUCUUAGUAGAACGAUGUCGUCCUUUUGAGUUGAUUGGGAGCUUUGGCGUCUCUGCCGCGUGUGGGUUUUAAUCGGGGAUUCCUUGCCUUUGGGAUCCCGUUAGUGUCGGAAGGGCUACCUUUUGUGGCUUUAGAGUUCCUGCCGCCAGUUCUCACAUGAGGUUUAGGCGUCUGCACCUUUGUGGUAUCUUCGCCUGUUCCUGACAAAUACAAACUAUAUUACCCACUCCUAUCUAUUUUCCAUCAUACGAGUCGCAAUAAAUUGAUUUACAUCAAGCCGCAUGAUCGUUUACGGAUUCCUUUAAUCCUUUUUUCAGCAUUAUAUUGUCAAAAUUAUUACAUUUAUGUCAAUAUAUGAUUAUUCAAUGAAUCUAUGAUAUUAUUUUCUUGGUCUGCCUUGGUUGUUAGACUUGAUUACUAGCAGAGUAAGAUGAAGUUAAGUUUGUUACGUAUUAGAUGUUGUGUAUUUAUAUUAGUCUUUUAAGGUGCUUAUGUACUGGGAUUGAAAUUGUUAUAAAAUAGAAUAAUAUUUUAUGAUUAUAUUUAUUGCAUGGUCAGAGUCGGUAGUUGUAGGCGACUACAGUGGUCUCAAUUAACUGUUGUUUAAAUGGUCAAACUGAUAAUUUUAAUGAAUGUCAUGCAUUGACUUUAUACAAAAGUUGUCUUUUGAGUACCUCUAUUCCACCUGUGUUUUUGCCGUGCAGUGUUGACAUGGCUGUGUUUCAGUUUGAAGGGUAGGAUAUAGUACUAAUUGACAGGGUGCAAAGGCAUUACUCUAGUCCUGUGGAAUAAGGAAUAAAAAUAAAAUUGCAUGUAACAUAGAAUGGUAAACUGAUAGCUCAUCUGAUAAAAGUACUAACCUUCGCAUAUAGACAUGAACGGAAGCAUUACGACAUACAUUACGAUGCCAAUGGUAUGCCUCAUAUGUUGGCAUUUUUGAGUCGCAAAUAUUAUAAUUUAAUAACUAACUUUCAUAAAUAAGCGACGGUUACCACUUUCCAUCAGGUGGGCCAUCAGCUUGUUUGCCAUUCUAAGUUGCAUAAAAAAAAACUAAAUUACCUAACUGUAAACAUUGAUGACGUUAGCUUUUGUUGUUCCGUCAUAUUUCAACGACGUUUAGGAGACGCGUGAAACGUAUUACUUGUCUGUUUUUUAACAGUUCGUUAACAGUCUAUGUACUUAAAUUUUGUAAAUUUACUAUUUGCCAUACAUUAGUUGAAAUAAAUAAUUUUGUAACAAUAAUAGUAUAACAAACAGUCUUCAACAUUUUUCUAUUCAUAUAGUUUGGCGUAUAACCAAUAGAACAAUGAAAAUAUUUUGAAAGUAUUUGUUAGAUCCGCUUGCCAAGCGUGGCAACUACUGACAAAAUUUCCCAUAUGGGGAGGCCUAUUUUUAAUAAAUAAAAUAAAAAAAAGACAUCAAGGCCAUUUCCGCUGUACAUUUUUUGUUAGCUUUAUGUUGUAACUCGUAAAAGUUAUUAUGUUGGUAGCAUUGAAUUUACCAACUCGCCUACCAAAAUGUUGCUAUCGUGCCAAUAUCGUGAUAUUUGCAAAAGUCUAUUAUAAUCGAAUAACAAAAAAAAAAAAAAAAUAUUGGCACAAUUGUUAUAAUAAUUAGAUAUAGAAAAAUUAUGCUCAAGUGGUAGCAGUCGUUUAGAAAAUAAUAUUCUUCCGUUAAUUUUUUUUAUUAUGAAGCAUUAUCUAGUCAAAUUACAAUUGGUGUGUUUAUAUUAGGGGACGUCCAUUAAUUACAUGAGGCUCGAGU